AUGAGUAAUUGUGGGUAUAAUGAGGUGGAUAUCUCAAAGGGCCGAACAACAAUGGGAAAAAAUGAAGCAGCUCAAAACAUUAAAAGAAACGUUGUGCCAGCCUGUGACCAAUUUUUUUGGAGUCUUGCAAGACGUCUUAUGCACAAAUGGAAUAGCAGAUCUCCUAUAAAAGAGUCCCUGAAUCUGAUUGAUGAUGACCACGAAGGAACUAAUAUCAAUUUUACUGGUUAUACUGCUAAUGAAGACUUGAUCGCUUCUCUUCCUUCCACACCUGGUUUCUGGUCAUCAUAUCGUUAA